AUGUUGGCUUGUUGGAAAUGGUCGGAACACACGCUUUUCCUGUUGUGGUUGGUGCUACACCAUAACCUAUUUAGUUUUCAGACAGUGCCAAAAGACUACGAAAAUUUUACAUGCGUUUUUCACGCUUAUGUUCAUUACAGUAAAGCCAUGCAAAAAGAACCUAAGUACCUUGUUAGAAAGAACAGUUUUCUAAUGACCGACAUGCGACUUGAAUGGGAAUAUUUAAAUUGAAUUAAUUGAAAUAAAAUGAGACAUUGUGUUAUUCUAAUUUGUUUGCAGGUGGCUCCCCAAACAAAACUGUUAUUGAAGGGAAAAGAGCGGCUGAGCAAUCAUCGACAACGAUACAAGAACUGUGCCAAAGCAUUGCAACGGCGCUAACAUUUGCAAAUAUUCAAAGCAAGCGCCACGAUUUAAUCCACACGUUUCCAACACUACGGGUGCAUCCCAUAUCAGAUCAUUUAAUGUUGGCUUGUUGUAAAUGGUCAGAAAACACGCUUUUUCUGUUGUGGUUGGUACUAUACCAUAACCUAUUUAGUUUUCAGACAUUGCCAAAAGACUACGAAAAUUUUACAUGCGGCUUUCACGCUUAUGUUAAUUACAGUAAAGCCAUGCAAAAAGAACCUAAGUACCUUGUUAGAAAGAACAGUUUUCUAGUUAACGACAUGAGACUUGAACGGGAAUAUUUAAAUUGAAUUAAUUGAAAUAAAAUGAGAUCUUUGUGCCCCAAGGACGGACUGUCAUAUGCAGCCAUUGCCUUGGAUAACCGGUGCCUAAGCUUGACUAUGGAUGUUCAUGGAAAUGCUGAGAGAUUGGGCUGGUAUGCCAGUGGGUGAGUGUGACUUUAAAAAGAAUUCUAUGAUAGAUUUCAUUACAUGAGGAAAAAGGAAAUUUGAGAAGCUGGACCUUAUUAAAGAAGACAUUAAAUGGUCGCAGCUGCCAAUUACAAACAAAAAUCAAUCGAGUAAAGGAAGAGAUUGAGGCAAGAAAAAUUGAUGUAACUGGCCUUAUGGGUAUUAAUAACAAUUGAAAUUUAGCUUUUAGAGAGCUUCCCCUCAAAGCUCAUUG